UGUAGUCUCUUCCUCUCAAAGAAAAAGAAACGAACAUGGACCAAAAGCUAAAGACCACCACCAUUAGUCCACCGCAACCACCAAAGCGUUGGCUUAACCACAUCAAGACAUUUUUCGACGUUCCUAACCCGAGAAUCGUUAGAAUCUUUUCUAUAAGCAGUUUGGCCACGUUCUUCUCCGGAAUCGCUUUUGCUUUUGAAUGGACAUUUCAUGGCAAAAACCAUUUCGGAUUCCAAUGGAUCAUCUACUACGCCUUGUCCCUGAUCAUUCUUCCUAUUCUCAUCUGGCUAGGUCUCGGUAUUGUCAUGGUUGUCUCGUCAAGCCACGGGUCAAUGCAAGUUGCUAGCGUGGCGGUGGAAGAAGAACAUUAUGUUAACGAUUGUACCGGGAAGAAUAAGAAUGAAGAAACUAAAAAAAACAAUUUCUCUGGCGGUGCUGAUGCCGUGGUGGCGCCUAUGCGUGGAAGAGUACCACUUCCACCACCACCUCCUCCUCCUAUGCCUAGAAGAGCACCACCACCUCCUAUGCGUAGUAGAGUACCACCACCUCCUCCUCCUAUGCCUAGAAGAGCACCUCCUCCUCCUAUGCAUAGAAGAGUACCACCACCUCCUCCUCCUAUGCCUAGAAGAGUACCAUCACGUCCUCUGAUAUGUCCAGGAGCCCCACCUCCACCUCCACCUCCACUUCCGAUGUUUGGUGCCUUAAGAGCUAAGGUUGAUCCUAAGGAAGCAGAAAUUGUGUGUUGUAUUUCUCCACGUCCAGAUAAAAAAAAGUCCUCCCUGAAGCGAUUACACUGGGUUAAAAUAACAAGGGCUUUGCCAGGGAGCUUAUGGGAUGAGUUACAGAGACGACAACAAGCAUGCCGCGAUAUCGAGGAUGAACAGAUUUUCUGUGCAACAGAACUUGAUGUAUCAGAAAUAGAGAACCUUUUCUCUCUUGGGGCAAAACCAAAACCAAAACCUCAAAAAGUUCCACUGAUUGACGACCUUAGGAGAGCUCACGGCACGGAAAUUAGGCUAAUGUUAUUAAAUAUUCGGCUGCCUGAUAUGAUGGCUGCAAUCAUGGCAAUGGAUGAGUCUGUACUAGAUGUUGAUGAAAUAAGGAAUCUUAUAAACCUUUUCCCAACCAAGGAGGAUAUGGAGCUUCUUAAGACCUACACUGAUGACAAGGGGACCGUGAGAAAGAGGGAGCUGUACUUCCAAGAGCUAAUGAAGGUGCCACAAGUAGAAUCGAAGCUGAGAGUAUUUUCCUUCAAGAUUCAAUUUGGCACUAAGAUAACAGAAUUCAAAAAAAGGUUAAGUGUGGUAGAUUCUGCGUGUGAGGAGGUUCGUUCUUCACAAAAGCUAAAAGAAAUUAUGAAAAAGAUUCCUUCCCUAGGGAACACAUCGAACCAAGGUGUUGCAGUGGGAUACAAGUUGGACAGUUUAAGUGUUAAACGCAUGCAUUAUUUUUGCAAGGUCAUUGCUUCCGAGGCAUCAGAUCUACUGGACGUCCAUAAGGAUCUUGAAAGUCUUGAAUCAGCUUCAAUGAUACAAUUGGAGUCUUUGGCUGAGGAAAUGCAAGAUAUAAUCGAAGGAUUGGAAAAACUGAACCAGGAGCUUACUGCAUCCGAAACUGAUGGUUCUGUUUCUCAAGUUUUUUGUAAAACAUUGAAGGACUUCAUAUCCAUUGCUGAGACUCAAGUGGCAACUGUAUUGAGUCUUUACUCUGUAGUGGGAAAAAAUGCUGAUGCACUUGCCAUCUAUUUUGGCGAGGAUCCUAACCGUUGUCCAUUUGAACAAGUUACUACGACCCUCUUUGACUUUAUAAGAUUGUUUAAGAAAGCACAUGAAGAGAAUGUCAAGAAAGCGGACUUGGAGAAGAGGAAAGCCGCUAAUGCGAAAAUGGAGCAUGUGAAAGGAGUCACUCUUACAAGAAAAGUGGUUCAUAAUAGCUUGAUCGACCUGAGGAGAGCCUUUAACAUAGAAAUUAUGCUUCGGAAAGUAAAGAUGCCGCUGCCUGAUAUAAUGGCUGCACUUCUAGCAAUGGAUGAGUCUGUACUAGAUAUUGAUCAAAUAGAGAAUCUUAUAAGGUUUUGCCCAACAAAGGAGGAGAUGGAGCUUCUUGAGAGCUAUACUGGUGACAAGGCAACCUUGGGAAAGUGUGACCAGUACUUCCUAGAGCUUAUGAAGGUUCCAGGAGUAGAAUCGAAGCUGAGAGUGUUUUCCUUCAGAAUUCAAUUCGGCACUAAGAUAACAGAACUCAAUAAAGGUUUAAAUGCGGUGAAUUCUGCAUGUAAGGAGGUCCGUACUUCCGAAAAGCUAAAAGAGAUUCUGAAAAUUAUUCUCUGCUUGGGGAACAUAAUGAACCAAGGAACUGCCAAGGGCAGUGCAGUGGGAUUCAAGUUGGACAGUUUAUUGAUAUUAAGCGAUACACGUGCUGCUAACAGCGAGAUGACUCUCAUGCAUUAUCUUUGCAAGGUCCUUGCUUCCAAGGCAUCAGAUCUACUAGACUUCCAUAAGGAUCUUGAAAGUCUUGAAUCAGCUUCAAAGAUACACUUGAAGUUGUUAGCUGAGGAAAUUGUAGCUAUAACCAAAGGAUUGGAAAAACUGAACCAGGAGCUCACUGCAUCCGAAAGUGAUGGUCCUGUUUCUCAAGUUUUCCUUAAAUUAUUGAAAGACUUCAUAUCCAUGGCUGAGACUCAAGUAGCAACGGUACCGAGUCUUUACUCCACCGUGGGAAGAAAUGCUGAUGCACUUGCAAACUAUUUUGGCGAGAGUCCUAACGAUUAUCCAUUUGAAAAAGUUACCGCGAUACUCUUGAGUUUUAUAAGGUUGUUUAAGAAAGCACACGAAGAGAAUGUCAAGCAAGCGGAGUUGGAGAAGACGAAAGAACGAGUCAGUCUUGCUAAAAAAAAGGAUGCGGAGUUGAAGAAGAAGAAAGCUGCCUUAUAUAACUGACUAUAGUGUGGUAACUCAGAUAUUUUGUGUUGAUAUAAACAAGUGAUGUAAAU